AUGUUUGGAUUGUUUUUCACUGUACCGCUAUGCAGUGGUAUGUUCAGCUACUACAAGGUAUUAUCCACUACCCAUCAACAUCAAGUGAACACAGCUCCAUCACUCUGUUACUGGACUAAUUGUGGAGGAAGCAGUUCAUUGAAGGAGAUACAUCUUACUCGAGUCUUGUUGUACGUUGCCACUGGAUUUUUAUGUUGCUGGAUACCAAUGUGGGCAUUCAUCCUUUGGAAGCGUUUUUCUCCAGAAACCUGUCCUAGAAGAGCAGCAAAUCUCGUUACUUUUUUUCUUUUUCUAAGUGCCACAAUAAAUCCUUUUAUUUAUGCUUUUACAAAUUGUGGGUUCCAAACAGAAUUCCGCAAACUGUUGUGCUGCCGCCAUACAUCAAACCAAGUUGCCGCGGCUGAUGUCGACGAAGUCAGAGAGAGGGAAGACGAAGCGGAUGUGUAA